UGGAACGAAAACUUAUAUUUGAAAAUUAAAUGUAAAAGAUUUAAUGGCCGCUGGAAGGUCAUCGUAGACCUAACGGUUUGGUUUCGUGCAAGAUUCUAAUGAAUUAAACAGACGAGUUUUACAAGAACGUUGAUUGUCUUGUCAAAAAAUAUUCUCAUAUAUCAUCGUAUUGUAAGAUUUUAAAAUAUGGAACAAGACACAGAAUAUAUUAAAUUACCAUUAGAAGAAAGAUGUGUGCAUAAGUUAUGGAGGGCACGAUUGCAUGGCUAUAAAGAAUGCGUAAACACAUUCCAAUGUAUUGUUGAUGAAAAGUCUCCAGAUUGGAACAAGUUUUUGGGAUUUAUUAAGAAGUUUGUAGUUGAUAGCAAUGCAGUUGCUCAAGAAAAAGGAUUGGAAGCUGCAUUAGCUUUUGUUGAAAAUGCUGCAGUAGCAGGAAAAACUGUUGGUGAAGUUAUGAAUGGAAUAGUUACUAAAUGUAUUGCUGCCCCAAAAGCUAAAACAAAAGAAUUAGCAGUACAAAUAACAUUAAUGUAUAUAGAAAUUGAAAAACAUGAAGCUGUUCAGGAAGAACUAUUAAAAGGCACAGAAGCAAAAAAUCCAAAAAUUGUUGCUGCAUGUAUUUCUAUCUUAACAUUGGCUUUAAGACAGUUUGGACCAAAAGUAAUUAAUAUAAAGCCUCUAAUAAAAAAGAUCCCUGGUUUUCUUGAAGAUAGAGACAAAACUGUCAGAGAGGAGGGCAAACUCAUGGUUGUUGAAAUUUAUAGAUGGAUAGGCGCUCCUUUGAAGCAACAAUUGAAUACAUUAAAACCAGUACAAAUUACAGAACUUGAAGCAGAAUUUAAUAACUUGAAAGAAGAAAAAGUAACACCUACUCGAUUUUUGAAAUCUCAAAAAACAAAAUCGAUAUGUAUUACAGAUUCUAUAAGUGAUACUGGUGAAGAGAGUAAGGAUGAUGGUGAUGGUAAUUCUGCACCAGAAAUUGAUGCUUAUGAAUUGUUAGAACCUGUUGAUAUACUUUCUAAACUUCCAAAAGAUUUUUAUGAAAAAAUUGAAGCUAAAAAAUGGCAGGAGCGAAAAGAGGCUUUAGAAGUCUUAGAGACUCUCGUAAAAAAUCCUAAAUUAGAAAAUGGUGAUUAUGGAGACGUAGUAAGGUCUUUAAAAAAGGUUAUAUCCAAAGAUAUAAAUGUACUAGUUGUUGCAUUGGCGGGAAAAUGUCUAGCAGGACUAGCUACAGGUCUUAAGAAACGAUUUCAACCUUAUGCAACAGCAUGUCUUUCAUCAAUUCUGGAAAAGUUUCGCGAAAAGAAACAAAAUGUUGUGCAAGCGAUUAGAGAAGCUGCUGAUGCAAUUUUUCUUAAGGUUUCUAUUGAUCUUAUACUAGAAGAUACACUUGCUGCAUUAGAGAAUAAAAAUCCAGCAGUAAAGGCAGAAACGGCUGCUUAUUUAGCAAGAUGUUUUUCUCGCACACCACCACUAAGUUUGAAUAAAAAAUUAUUAAAGGCUUAUACUGGUGUACUUUUAAAAACUUUAAACGAACCAGAUCCAACUGUUCGAGAUAGUUCUGCAGAGGCCAUUGGCACAGCCAUGAAAUUAAUAGGUGAAAAAUCGAUGAUGCCUUUUCUUACAGAUAUAGAUAAUUUGAAAAUGACUAAGAUAAAAGAAUGUGCAGAAAAAGCUGUAAUACAUGUUAAAGUUCCUAGUGUACCAAAAGUAGUUGCAGAAAGACCAAACACAGCUCCAAGUAAAAUCGAAUCAACAGCAAAGACUAAAGAGCCAGAGUCAAAAGCUACAAAGCGACCUAAAACCAGUACAGCUAAAAAACCUCCAUCUAAAAAACCAUCUGCUUCAUCUUUAACCAAUUUAGUUAUUUCCAAAAAGUCAUCUUCUACCAAACUUCAAACAGAAAAAAAUUAUAGUGUUGAAGAAAUAGAAGAAAUGGCUAUGCAAUUAUUGCCAAGUGAUAUUCUUUCUGGUCUUGCUGAUAGUAAUUGGAAAGCACGUUUAGCUGCAGUUGAACAACUUUUGGAGGUAAUUAAAGAAUUUGAUAAAUAUACUGUUUGUGAAUAUUGUAUCAUGGAUAUAACGGAAAAAUUAGGAGAUGUGAAAAAUAGCACAGUUGCAGGUGAAACUCUCUUAGCAAUAGCAGAAGCAACAAGUUUGGAAUAUGUGGCAGAUGAAAUAGUAGCAUUUGCUUUUAAUCAAAAGAAUCCAAAAGUUCAACAAGAAACAUUAAUGUUAUUGUGUAAAGGUCUCACAGAAUUUGGUUGUGUUAUUAAUGUCAAAUCUUUGAUGGAAAAUAUCAAAAAAGCAGUUGCAGCUACAAAUCCUAGUGUUCGUACAGCAGCUAUUACAUUAUUAGGUACAUUAUAUUUAUUUAUGGGCAAACCUUUACUUAUGUUCUUUGAAAAUGAAAAACCUGCCUUGCGUCAACAAAUUGAACAGGAGUGUGAAAAGCAUAAUGGUGAAACUCCGCCUGUUCCAAUUCGUGGAAUAAAAAGCAGAAAAAAUAAGAUAAAUGAUGAUGAUGAUGAUGAUAUGGAAAUGGAUAAAAAAUCUAGUAGUAACAGUGAAAUUGAUAUUAAUAACUUAAUUCCACGUGUUGAUAUUAGUAGCCAAAUUACAGAAGGCCUUCUUAAUGAAUUAUCUGAUAAAAAUUGGAAGGUGCGAAAUGAAUGUUUACAAAAAAUAAAUGCUAUUAUAUCUGAGGCAAAAUUUAUAAAAGGCUCCAUUGGUGAUUUACCACAAGGUUUAGCGUUACGAUUGGUUGAUAGUAACAGCAAAAUAGCUCAGUCGACUUUAGGUAUAUGUCAAGCAUUAGGUGCAGCAAUGGGUCCUCCGGCAAAGCAACAUAUUCGGGUCCUUUUUCCUGGUUUUAUACAAUGUUUAGGCGAUAAUAAAAACUGGAUUAGAACUGCAGCAAUUUCUUGCAUUAACACAUGGGGAGAUCAAUGUGGUUACAAAGAAUUUUUUGAUGGUGAAAUGAUUGGAGAUGCGUUAAAAUCUGGAUCGCCAAUACUUAGAGCUGAGGUCUGGAAUUGGUUAGCACAAAAAUUACCAUUGAUUCCUGUAAAACAAAUACCGAAAGAAGAACUUCUUGUAUGUAUUCCAUAUUUGUACAACAAUUUAGAGGAUCGUAAUUCUGACGUACGGAAAAAUGCUCAAGAAGCAGUUUUAGGAUUUAUGAUCCAUCUUUCUUAUGAAGCUAUGGCUAGAAAUACUGAAAAACUAAAACCUGGAUCAAGAACAGUAGUACUUGCUGCGUUAGAUAAAUCUCGACCGAAUUUACCUAUGAAACCUCUACCAAAAAAACAAGUCCCAGAAGAAAAUAAUCAGAAAGUUGUUAAAAGUGCUGGAGCUUUAAAAGCUACAAAAACAGUAGCAAAGCCUAAACAAAAUCAAUCAACAUCAAAACCUGGUAGUGCUCGUAAGAAAGAUGAUGAUGUAGAUACAAGUCCUUUAUUGGCUACUAAUAAUCUUAAACAUCAAAGGGUGAUUGAUGAACAGAAAUUAAAAGUUUUGAAAUGGAACUUCACUACACCCAGAGAAGAAUUCGUUGAACUUUUAAAAGAACUUAUGACGGCUGCAAAUGUGAACAAAACUUUAUUAGCAAAUAUGUUUCAUUCAGAUUUUCGAUAUCAUCUUAAAGCCAUUGAGGCAUUAACUGAGGAUUUGCCUGAUAACAGCAAAGCAUUGGUAUCAAAUUUAGACCUUAUUCUCAAAUGGUUAACACUGAGAUUUUUUGAUACAAAUCCUUCAGUAUUAUUAAAAGGUUUAGAGUAUUUGAGAAUGGUGUUUAAUUUAUUAAUAGAAGAUCAGUAUCAUAUGUUGGAAAACGAGGCCGCAUCGUUUAUUCCAUAUCUCAUUAUCAAAAUUGGCGAUCCAAAAGAUGCAGUACGUAAUGGUGUUCGUGCAUUAUUUAAACAAAUAGCAUUAGUAUAUCCAGUAAGCAAAUUAUUUUCUUAUGUAAUGGAAGGUUUAAAAUCUAAAAAUGCUCGACAAAGAACAGGAUGCUUAGACCAACUUGGUUCGUUUAUUGAAAAUUAUGGAUUGUCCGUUUGUCAACCAACUGCAUCUGUAGCACUAAAAGAAAUUGCAAAACAAAUAGCGGAUCGUGAUAAUUCUGUUCGAAAUGCUGCUUUGAAUUGCAUUGUUCAAGCAUAUUUCCUUCAAGGAGAACGAAUUUAUAAACUUAUUGGUCAGAUAUCUGAAAAAGAUCAAUCACUAUUGGAUGAGCGCAUUAAAAGGGCUGCCAAAAAUCGGCCAACAAAAUCGGUUUCUACAAGUAGACUUUCCGUACCUUCAAAUCCAACUCCUAUUCCUUCCAAUGAAGAUGUUAAAGCAGAAUACGAAGAAGAAAAUGAGGAAAUACCGGAACCACAACCUCCUAUACCACCACAACCAAAUGAAAUUCCCUCUGAAAGCAUAUCCGAUGAAGUGCAAGAGUCUUGUGAAACUAAUGAACCUCAUUCAGAAAUACUACCAGAAAUAAAUAUACUGCCUCCAAAUGAUCACCAAGAUGAUACUAAAAUAAGUUCUCCAAUAUCAGCACAACCAAAAAUAUCAGGUCCAUUUGGACUUGAUAUGGAUUUUCUACGAAGAAUAGAAUUAAAUGCACCAGUGAAGUAUCGAAAUCCAGUUAUUCAGGAAAUUAAUUGGGAUGACCUAGAUGAAACUCCAAACCUACUAAAUCUAUCGAAAGUACCAGUGAUUCCCCUAUCUCCUCCAAAAUUGUUAGUAUCAAAAUCUGCAUCAAUGGCGCAACAGCAAUUAAGCACAGCUAAUGCUAGUAAAGAAGACAGUCUUGAACGUAAAAUUCUUGCAAUGGCUAGUUUAGAUUUGGUUGUUGCAAUACAGUCAAUGAAUAGUAUAGAUAAUCUGAUAAAAUCUCAUCAAAUUUUGAGUUUGCAAUCUAAAGAAGAUAAAUUUAUUAGUUAAAUAAAUAUGCAAUUAAAACUUCUUCAAACUUAUCCUUUACAACAAGGGGGAGCAGAUAUAUCUAAAGGUUUUAGGAACACAUUUAUGGUUUUGUUAGCGUUUUAUGAUACUGGGAUUCUUGGAAAAAACGUUCCAUUGAUACACUUAAAAGAACUUGUUGAUCAAAUGAUUAGUUUGUUAGCUGAAAAUAAAUUAAAUCAUUUACACCAGGCAGAAGUGUAUUACCGCGUAAUUAAUAACAUUGUUUGUAGAAUAAUAGACAACUCAAAUCAUACUACUAUCAUAUGCGUUUUAAUAAAAUUACUCCAUGGAUGUGCUGAAUCUACUGCUCCAUCUAAAUAUGAAGAAUUAGUUAUGAAGUGCUUAUGGAAAAUAGUGAAAACAUUUCCUAAUUGGGCUGUGGACUUAGACUAUGAUACAAUUCUUUUGGAAGUGCAUCGAUUUUUGAAGGAUUAUCCAAGUGUAUGGUGGAAGAAGCAAAAAUCUGAUACUCCAUUACGUACAAUUAAAACAAUUCUUCAUAGUAUGACCCGUGUGAAAGGCAGUACAAUACUUAGUCACCUAACACGAAUAAAUAAUACAAAUGAGUCAGAAUUACAUUCUUAUCUCAUCAGACUAAUCGCAACUUUUAAACCAGAUGAAAUUAAUAGUAAUCCCAGGACUACAGUAAAAUCAAGCAAUACUGGAAAAACUCAAGAACACUUAUCAAAAUUUACUCAUCAACAAUUGUCUGAAAUAUUCAAAAAAAUUGGAUCUAAAGAACAUACGCAAGAAGGUUUAAUGCAACUGUAUGAUUUUAAACUUCAAUAUCCUGAAGCAGAUGUGCAACCUUUCUUGGUAAAAUCACACCAAUUUUUCCAAGACUUUAUAGAACAAGGGUUAAGAGAUAUUGAUCAAGCACGAAAAAAUCAAAAUCUUAUAUCACAAACUAAUAAUCAAUACUCAACAGAAGUAGCUGAAUCUGCUGGUUCUGAAGAAAAAAGCCUAAUGGAUCCAUUGCAUAGGCUUGAGAAACUUGAAGCAUCUGAAGCACAAUGUAGAACAACUACCAGCCAGCCAAGUCCAACAUGAAUUAACAUUCAUUAAUAUGUAUUAGGAUUGCAGUGCUUAAAUAACAAGAUUAAGAAUGAAUAAUACAUACAACACAAUAUUAAGUAAAUAGCAC